CAUUAAAACUAGAGGCUUAGGUAACGACAACAACAAUAACAUGGGAGGUGGAGGAACGGGGACAAAGUGUGGACGCUGGAAUCCAACGGGGGAGCAAGUGAAGCUUCUGACGGAUCUGUUCAAUGCGGGGCUACGAACACCGAGCACCGAUCAGAUUCAGAAGAUCUCUACGGAGCUGAGUGUCUACGGUAAGAUCGAGAGCAAGAACGUGUUCUAUUGGUUCCAAAAUCAUAAAGCUAGGGAAAGACAAAAGCGCCGUAAAAUCUCCACCGUCGAUUUUGAUCAUUGUCAAGAAACAAAUCUUUCUCUUCCUCAUCGAGACAAACCAUGUCACUAUCGACCACCACCUAAAGAUACUUUUGAAACCUGUGAGGUAGAUGAUAAGGUGAUAGAGACAUUGCAACUCUUCCCGUUAUCAAAGGUUGAAAGAACGAGAGCAAGUAUUACUACUGCGAGCCACAACGAAUACAUACGAGAGCAAGUCAAUACGACGGUGUUUUCCACAUACUCAUCGUGUGGAGCUGAGACGGAACAUCCGCCCUUGGAUCUUCGACUAAGCUUUUUAUGAAUGGGUUUUCAUAUUAACAACUCUAGUGGAUGCGAAAAAAAUGAAGACAUGAGAUCCAAUAUGCGGAGUUAUAUGUUAAGAGCUCGGUAUUGGUAUUGAUGUCAUAAGAAUAUUAAUGAAAUAAAACAUCAAAAAUU